AUGGAGAUUCCAGACAAGUUGUUGGUUGAAAUAGGAAAGGCUGUAGGGAUAGGGAACAAGAAGAAGAUAAAUUCGCUCUUGGGAUGCCGGCUACAGGCAGAAGAAGUCCAAUCAUCGUUCGAUUCAGAGUUGCUGCCCUCCACCGAUAGGGCGAGCGCAUUGCUGGGCAUUUUUGUUUCCUCAGUCCAGAAAGAUCGCUCCAGCAAUGAUAUUAUUUCAACUGUGGAAUGUUUGCAGGCACUACUAAUGGUUGCCCCGUCUUUUGAGACUCCCUUUGAAGCUACCUACAUUUUUUUGCGUCAUGCAAAGAAAGUAGAUCUUACUGAUCUCUACCUUUGUGUUUCAAGCAUACAACAAUUCUUCCAAGAAACAAUGAGUGCAUGGUCAGUCAAAAUAAGUCCGCAAUCCGUAGAAGGAACUGAAGUUGAAGGCUCGCGAACAUGGUGGAGACGAUUUGCAGAUGCCACUGCUCUGAUGAUAUACUCUCAUGCUGACGAUGAUAACUAUGAUCUCAUUUUCCAGCUAUUUUCUGGUCUGUUGCAAUCCAUAUUUGCUUCAACACGGUCCAUGGAUAUUCAAAGUUUUGAGGCUGCCGUACAGGCUGCAUUCCAUUCCAAAAGAAACGGUGCAAGCAUUAUUCAAGUCCUUCGACUCGCUAUCAUCACGUUGCCUUUUCUACGGCCUAUAGAAAUCGAGAAAAUCCAACGGUCCAUAUCCAACCAACUUUCUUCAAACACAUCCAGGCAUUUGAAUGGCAUCCCAGUAACUCUCCAACAUUGCAUGGAGCUUGUCGCAUCUAUACUACAGACUUCGUUUGUCAACGAGACAGAAGAAGUCCAACAUGAAGCAAUAAGUCGUUGGAAAGAGAUGAUUUUGCAAGCAAUGAUCAUGGCUUCAGCUGACAGUAAAGUGUAUGCUGAUUCCACUAGGAUGAUUGUAACAGGGCUCCAAGAAAUGGAUGUGGCAACCAUGACACUCUGGUGCAGUGCUCCAAUCGCAGGAGAUGUUGACAAUUUUUUCCGAUUUGAAUUGGCAUCACUGUCUCUUCUUGCUGCCUAUUCCAGUGACAUUGAUGCAGUUCAAGUGGCACUCGACGAUAGUGUUGACCAUGACACUUUGGAGCAAAGUCCUAUGAUCGCCAGCUCGGGUGACAAAGUAUUAGCUGCUCUGUUUCCUGAAAGCCCAAUGAUGAAUGGAAUCAAGCUCGAAGAAGCCAAGGUACAGAGCGAGUUGCUUCCAGUACUCGAUGGGGCUAAAUAUGUUGGUGAAGGGUUGUUUCAGGACAAAACUGGCGAUCCCAUUGAACCUAUUUUGCCCAUUGCGAGCAUCUUGCGAAAUAGUAUCACUAGGAUCAAGGAUCAUGAUUUGUCCAUAAAAGUCGAACAACCAGAGUCCUCCAUUGGCAGGCGUUUGCUAUGGGUAUUAGACAAUCUAGUCGAGAGAAAGGAGCAGACCCAGUGUAAUCGGACCGCCUUAUUCUGCUUUGCGAGUUUGUCAAUUCUGUACAUGGAAGUGACGUCGAGUCGAACGGAAGUGGUUCUGAGAAUACACAAGCUUCUGUAUGAUUCAACAGCAAACGCAGGUUCUUGGACUUACCGCGUCGGUUAUGCUCUAGUCAACUUGAUUGUGCGGUCGCUGCAGAAAUCCCAUUCUUUAUCAAAGAGAACUAAGACCGAAGUAUCAAAUGACUUCGAUCCCCUUCUUGAGUUGAUCAAUGAUUCCCUCCCUAUUCACGUGUUUUCACAUUUGGUACGGCUGCUGGCACCAACAACUUCGCAAGCAAGGAAGAGAAUACUUGACGUGUCAAAGCUUUUUCUUGGCUCCUUGUAUACGAGCUCUUGUGAUUCUGGACUGCCGCAAUCUAGGGCAAGGGCGGGCAUGCUUGGCAUUCUUGAGUUGCUCCAAGGGCCGCAGGGUUGGUGGACUCUGCAGUAUGAAGCCUGGAGGCUUUUGUCAAACGCAAUAGUAUUUGACGCACCUCAUUUGUCUUUUUCGAACCGUUCGUGGAUAUAUGGUCAAAUUGCAGAUCUAUUAGAGCAUGAUGAGUUUGACGAGCUUGCCGCCUACCAUUUUCUCCGAGCUAUGACUGUUCGAGCUUCCUACUACUUCACUAAGGAUCCGAAGACUGGAAGCACGUCUUUUGUUCUCAGACGUGCAUUCACGCCUACACCCGUCCCGCAGUCACCCCACAACUUGGAAGAAAGGCAAACCGAAGACAUUGUGUUCCUAUUUCGACUACAACUGUCUCUUCUGCAAUACGCCUUAAGCCCCCCUGACAGAUUAUCAUCAGGUAGCAGGUAUGCAAAGGAGAACUUUGCCAGGGCACGCGAAGCUUUGCUCUCGACAAUCCUAACGCCCACAGAUGGCCUUGUACAAAUGAAAGAGUUGUGUAACGAAUCCGCAUCAAUUGAAGGCGUUGACGACCCCUGGACACUAUGUCUUAACACUGUGAUGUGUCAAUUCUCGAUCAUGCUAGCUGCCCUUUUGGAUGGACCAAACCGUGUUGCCACUGCUACACCGAAAGAUGAAUCGGUAGAUUUGGAGUUGGAAACUAUGAUAAAAAAGAUCAUUUCUCAAGAACAGGCCGCUCUGGAAGAUGAAGAUACCCCACAAGUAGAUCCACAUCCACUUUGGUUGGAGCGAGAAGGUUUGCCACUUUCACUAUUCAACGGAGAGCCAGAUUUCGAAACCAACGAUGUUGCAAAGAUUCAGGUAUCUUUGCUUGAAUUUUCAAUUGUUCUUGCGCUGACUCCAAAACUCCCAUUGUACGGCCACCCAUACAUUGAUUUCCUCCACAGACGCGUGGUUCAAGCUGUUGGCGAACUUGUCGAACAGAAGUGGUCGCUUUGUGCGGGUAGCAAAGGCAGAAUCCGCUUGGGUCCUGAAACGUUACAAUCUACAGCUGCUCAAUUUUUGUCUUUGUCUGGCCGAGUCAUUCGAAAUCAUGCAUUAGCAGGACAGUGCCCCCCGCAAGAAAUCGAAAGUUUCAUUGAGCCGUCCCUAAAGUACUGCAAGUCUCUUGAGACUUUAUCCCAAAAUGACCAAUUUAUUCCUAGCAAGCAGUGCUUACUAGCUUUGUGGUCGCUCUAUCAGGUACUUGGAGGCGAAAGGGCCGCAAUUGUAUUUAUUGGACACUUAGAAAGGAAUAUGUCUUCCCAGAAUUCAAAAGAGCUACAACAUGAUCAUCGGCUAUUCACGCUUCAGACAGUUCGAACAGCUGCGGAUGUUGAUGCUGCGGUUCAAAGGGUCCGACUACAAAUCGUGACUGCAUUGAAACACUGUUUGCUAAUGCUGUCAGUGCAAAGCCAAGUCAAUAGUGGAUUCGAACCGUCUUCAUGCCAGGAUUCAAUUGAAUCUGCAUGUCAUAGUUCAAUUGAGAAAUCCGGCCAAAUCUCGCCAGACUUCCUUCUCAAUGUACUUGCUGCGCUUUCCACGGAUCUUCGAAUGGGUCUAAACGGAGAAAGUGGGGGUAUUACACCAGGACUGUUUCUUGCCUAUCUAGCGGCAAUGGAAGAAUGUGUUGUCCUACUAUACGCCAAUUCUGAUACAUUGAUGUCACCCGCAAUUAUGUCGUUUUUGAUGGAUGCUGCGAAGACACUGUGUGCCAUCAUGAAAGUGUUUCCUCUUGAGGAUGCAACACUGUUUCGGUCGACUUUUCUCAUCGCGACAGCAACAAUACCUUCGAUGUGCCGAGAGAUCCUACGAAGAACGUUUGUUGUCGAAAACAAUGGUCCGUGGGGUCCUGUUGAUCUUGCUUUCUGUAUGGACAAGAUUCUUGUAUUCGAAACACUAGCCGAAUGCGUGAGUAUUCUUCUUCGUUGGUCUGCGCUACGCAAUCCAAACUCCAUGCCCUGGGGUGAUAUUGUUGGGGAUUUCCACCUUCAGUCUCCGCAAAGUGAUCAAGACGGAGCGUUGUCUUCAGAUGAAAGCACAUCAUUUAAACCUGUUCCAACGGUCGUCCACAUUCAACCUGAAGGGGCUGGUACGCAUCAAGGUGAGGCGUCGAAGCUUCGUUUGCAGACAAAAGAAUCAUGGUCGUGGGCCUUGUCUUGUAGCUUCCUUUCAUUAGAAGAGAAGUGGCAAGAAUGUGGGCGCGUAAUGACAAAUGGCGAAAUUGGCGAUUCGAACAUUAUCCCGAAGUGCUCGGGGAUCGCGAUUGAGUUCUAUCGCGAGCGUCAAGAGGAGCUGCUGCAGUCUCUGCGUUACCUGUCCAAGCUUUUUGUUUCCACGAACUCAGAAGCGACUGGUGACCAAACUUCCAAGCAUGUAGUGCUUGAAAUGAUCGCAUUGAAUCUUCCAAGUGCUCCAAGAUAUAGGUUAUGCUGUUUGUUGCUGAAUGUUUUGAGAGCCCUAGUCAGGGCUGUGGAACUGAUUGAGGUAAAUUUGCGUGAUACAAAUACGAAGAAAACCGAUUCGAUAAAUAGCAUAGGUUGCGCUGAAGCAAUUUGCUGCUUGUCGGCUUGGCUGUGUAUCUCCAAUAUGGAUGCAACAGAUGUAACUGUAGGAAUCUGCCAUUGGUACUCGAUCUUGACCAGAAGGCUUCCUCGCGAGACAUCUUCGAACGGAAAACAAGAAUCAAAAGAUGAGAUGGAAAGGUUAUCAAAACUUUUGGCCUUGGUCGGGCAUCUUCAGGUGAGGGUCAGAAAGUUACAAAGAGUAUUGAAAACAACACAAUUGGCCAAUUCGAUAGCAGAUAAGCUUUUCACUGAAGGUACAUCGGAAAUGGUACCGCUAAUAGCGAGCAAACUGUCAAUGAUUAGGAAGGAAAGCAAGUUGGAAGGUGGGCAAAGUGCAUUUCCAGAGUUUCCAGAAAGCAGCGAUGACACACAACAGAAACAAAAACGAGCCAAGACCGAGAACAAGAAAAGAAAACGAAAGUCACCAAUCGCACGAAGUCGCAAUCGGGUGGUUGACAUGUUCUUGAGUUUAGAUGACGAUAUCGCCGAAGAUCGUAAGGUCAAUACUGAUGCCUUUGUCGACUUGGAGGAUUUCUUGGUCGAGGGAUGA